AUGCCCGCCACCACAGACCCUGCGCUCCAGUUCGACACGAUUGAGGAUACAAUCGCUGCAUUCAAGAAUGGCGAAUUCAUCAUUGUACUCGACGACCAAGACCGUGAGAACGAGGGAGAUCUUAUAAUUGCGGCCGAAUCGAUCACAGCCGCCCAGAUGGCCUUUCUUGUCCGCUAUACCAGCGGAUUGAUAUGCGCCCCUAUUACCCCGGAUCUAGCCAAGCGCCUCGCCCUUCCCCAGAUGGUUACCGAGAACGCCGACCCAAAGGGCACUGCUUAUACCAUUACAAUCGACUCCAGCGACGACUCCGUAACAACCGGAAUCUCGGCGCAAGACCGCGCCCUUACAUGCCGAACCCUUGCCUCUCCAGAUGCCCAAAUUGACUCUUUUCGCCGUCCUGGUCACAUCAUUCCGCUACAGGCGCGGCCUGGUGGCGUGCGCGAACGAAAGGGUCACACCGAGGCCGCGGUGGACUUCUGUCGGUUAGCUGGAAAGGCACCGGCAGGUGUCAUCGCGGAGUUGGUGGACGAUGGUGAGGUUAUUGAAGGCGUGGCCGAGAUCGGGGGAAAUAACGGCAUGAUGCGCCGGGAUGGUUGCUUGCGCUUUGGAAAGCGAUGGGGAAUCAAGGUGUGCACCAUUGAAGAUAUGGUGGGUUAUCUGAACAGGACGGAGGGCUCUGCGAAGUCGGUCUCAAAUGGCUGCCGUUAG